AUGGAAGUAGACGAAUACAGAAAAUGGGCGGAGCUUCCGCCGGAACUGACAUCAUCGAUCCUUCUCCGCCUCGGCGCGAUUGAGAUACUCGAGAACGCUCAGAAAGUUUGCAGAUCGUGGCGUCGCGUUUGUAAAGACCCAUCGAUGUGGAGGAGAAUCGACAUGCAUAACCUCGGAGAUUCAGGAAGCAUGGAGUACGACCUCGAUAUCAUGUGUCGUCACGCAGUUGAUCGUAGCGAGGGAGGCUUGAUUGCGAUCGACAUUUGGUCCUUCGGUACUGAUGAUCUCCUUGAUUACAUCGCACAAAGGUCAAGUAAUCUGAGGAGCCUUAAACUUGCAAUGUGCUAUUCGAUAACAGAGGAGGGAUUUGCUGAAGCAGUUGCGAAAGUUCCAUCGCUUGAAGAGCUCGAGGUUUCAUACUGCCAAUUGUCAGAAGAGUCAUUGAAAGUUGUAGGCAAGUCUUGUCCAAAUCUCAAGACAUUGAAGCUAAACUGCGUUGGUUACAGGCUCCCUAGCAACGAGUCUGAUGAGGAUGCUCUAGCAAUCGCUGAAACAAUGCCCAGACUUCGACACCUCCAGCUUUUCGGGAACAGAUUAACAGACGUCGGCUUAAACGGCAUUCUUGACAAUUGUCCUAACCUGGAACAUCUUGAUUUACGCCAGUGUUUCAACGUUAAACUUGCUGGUGAUCUGGAGAAGCGGUGUUCCGAGAAGAUCAAAGUUGUGAGACGCCCUAAUGAUUCGACUCUUGAUUACCCAUAUGACGCGACUGUUCAAGAUAUGGAUUCAUCUGAAGAUGAUUACCCUUAUGGCUUCUCUGAUAUCGAUCUAAUGUCAGGUGAUGAGGAUUACUAUGACCUCUCAGGUGCUAGUGACCUUUCUGACUAUGACCAGUAUGAUUUUUACGAUGAACUGCUCUAA